AUGACGGAAAUCUCCUACAGAAGGCCACAUUCAUUCCAGAGAACAUCAGCCAUCGUCACCGGCACAUCCGUAGAAAUGGGCUUCCUCUACUCUCAACUUUUCGUCACCCCAGCCUAUCCCACCCACUCCUUCAAAGACCAAACCAUCAUCGUCACCGGCUCCAACGUCGGCCUCGGCCUCGAAGCAGCACGGCACUUCGUCCGGCUCAAUGCCGCAACCGUGAUCCUCGCUGUGCGCAACCGCCCCGCCGGCGAAGCCGCCAAAGCGUCCAUCCAGGCCUCCCAUCCCGACUCCGCCACCUCCGUCGAAGUAUGGGACUUGGACCUCGCGUCCUACGCGUCCGUCCUCGCCUUCGCCGAGAAAGUCUCCAGUCUCCCCAGACUCGACGUGCUGCUCUGCAACGCCUCCAUCUCAACGUCAUCCUUCCAGCUAGCCGAGGCCCACGAGCGAACCCUCACCGUCAAUGUGAUCAGCACCGUUCUGCUGGGUCUUCUCGUCCUCCCGGCCCUCCGCCGAAGCGCAGCGAGGAGGGGAAACAGGUGCAGGCGAAGGUUUGGGGGGAGUUGA